GAUAUGUAAUACUUUAUGAAGAAAAAGAAGAGAGAGAUAGAGAGAGAGAGAGAGAGAGAGAGAGAGAAAGAGAGAGAGAGGGAGAGGGAAAGAGGUGAAGGGAGAUAUUUCCCCCACUUUAGUUACCUUCGAGAUUUUUAUAUCAACAUAUUAGUGUACAUCAGAACACCGUAGGCUUUACAGUGUUUUCGCGAGCUAGAAUACUUUUCAAAGAAUUUUUUUUUUUUUUAAUGAUCUUUUUGUUCGGAAUUUUAUUUCGUCUUUUUUUUUCUACAUAUAUAUUUUUAUUUUUUUUUUUUUUCCUAUUUUUUUUAUUUUUUAUUAUUACCUUUGAGUAAUAGUUCAGUGAUAGACCAUCGAAUAGAUCCUAAAAUUCGUAAUUUCGUUGAAGUUGAAUCAGGAAGAUUGUGCUCAUUGAGAAUUAGUAUGAAGAAAGAAGGAGGAAAGGGGUAACGGAAGGAAAAGAAAAAGAAAAAAAAUAAUAAUACUAAUAAAAAGAAAGAAAAGGAGGGAAGGGUGUGAAGGGUUGUUGUUAGAGACAGACGACGUGUCGGAUUAUCCGUCGGUGGCCGAUCGAAACCGAGAAAGCGAGCUGUUCUAAGGUUUCCUCGGAUAGCACGGUGAAGCCAAGUUGUGGAGUCUGUCCGAGUUGUAACGAGAGCGAGACUGAUAAAGAGAGAAAGAAAUAGAAAGAUAGAAAGGAAAGAAAAAGAAAAAGAAAAAGAAAAAGAAGGAAAAAAAAGAGAGAAAGAUUAUAUAUAUAUAUAUAUUAUUUCUUAUUCUCUUUUUUCUUUUCCCUUCCUCCUUGGAGGUUCAAACAAAGUAUUUUAAAGUGUCUCGAGAUCACGUGUCCAUCAUGGAUCAUGGUAAUGGUAGUGGAAACGAGGGUGGCAGUUCACCAGACACCGUACUAGCUCGUUCCUCAUCAGACGAGGAUAGACAAAGAAAUCCUGAAAGUACUUCCGGUGAAUAUGUUACUGUUGCCGGUAGCAGUUCAAGUUUGGAUACUUUAGCUGGUCAACCUUGUACGACAACAAAGACUACCGUCAGUACGGUUACUAAACCAACUACUACUAAUACUUUACCAAACGAGGAAAAGAGGAAAGGUAGUGGUGGUGGUGGUGCUGGUAGUGGUGGUAGUGGCGGAGGAGGAGGAGGAGGAGGAGGAGGAGGAGGAAGGUUUGGUAUAUUGAAGAAUAGCUUUAGGAAGGAUGGUGCUGGAUUGUUCAAGAUGAAAAAGAAGACAAUUCGUGGGAUGGAAGGAACCGGCGAUGGUACAACUAUCGAGCUUGAUCCUGAUCCUAAAGAUGAUAAAGACUCCUCAAGUCGCAAGAAGGUACAACGUAGUCGACAACAACAGGAAGAAACGGAGGAUGAUCAAAGAACUACUGCGUCGAUUAAUGUUACAACCGUGGAGAGUCCUGGUGUGAUAUUAAAGAAGAAAAAGUCACAUUCCUUGGUACGGAGAUUAAGUCUAAAUAAAUUUCGAUUAUCAACGGAUCAAUCAUCGCAACAACAAUCUCAACAACAAGACGAAGCGAGAAGAAGGACACCGGAUGGCGGUGAUAGCAGCCAAUCUCAAAGCCAAUCCUCUCAAGACUCGCCCAGUCACUCGGACAGCCCUAAGAAAUUUACUAGGAAGGGAUUAGACGUUGAAAAAAGUGUCUUCAGGGGUAUACGGCAUCGUUCUAAAGCCGACUCCGAACAGCUCGUAGGGGAGAGGGAAGGAGGAGAGAAGAAGGGAGAAACGAAGAAACCGGAGAUGCUGAUCGCGAAACCGGUGAGCACUGUCACUGUAGUACAACGCAGGUCUCCGUCGUUGACCAUCAGAAGUGUUCCUAAGAGUUCUCAGCAACACGAAUCACCGGAUCGACAGAGUACAGAACAAGAAAGGAAAUCCGAAAUCCAUUGUACGUCUACUUUGCCGUAUGCAAUAUCAAGAUGGCCGGAUCAACGAAAGGAAUCAACGUCGUCGGAGGUGCUGAGGCCAAAGAGAUUAUCGAUAAAAGCCGAGUCUGAUGGCGGUAGUAUUAUUAAUACGAGGAAAACUUCGCCAGUAGAAUUGCGUAGAAAAUUGUCGUUAUUGGAAGAGAAACGUGCGAUAUUUCAACGUAGAUUAUUCGAGAGUACAAGAGACAUCAGUGAUUCUGGUGAAACGGUAAUAGCCGUAACAUUAGACGAGGAUCGUAAUAAUGUUAUAGAGAAAUCUCAUGAUUUUGAUUUCGACGAUAAGGAUGGUAAAGAUACAUUGAAGAAAAAGGCAAGACACAUUAGCGUAAGAAAGUUCGAUACUUUUUCAACGUUCGAAGGUACUUUCGACGAGGAUACUGGAUUGGGUUAUUUAGCCGGGAUCGAGGAGGAUUAUAUUGAGAGAUUUGAUAGGCAGGACGAAGAAUACGCCAAGUUACAAUCAGCCAUGGCACCCAUGUUGGCAGCUGCCAAUGAUAACAUUGAAAAAGCGAGAUCUAGCAGCCAGGAAAGUGCGUCGUCACAGAACAAUGCUCCAAAUAUUGGAGUUGGAGAGAAGAGGGAGCAUUUGUAUAAGAUAUUGGUAAUCGGUGAAUUGGGAGCCGGGAAGACGUCGAUCAUAAAACGAUACGUACACCAAUUCUUUUCUCAACAUUAUCGUGCAACGAUAGGCGUUGAUUUUGCAUUGAAAGUUCUCAAUUGGGAUCCCCAUACUAUAAUCAGACUUCAAUUAUGGGACAUAGCAGGUCAAGAAAGAUUUGGAAAUAUGACAAGGGUAUAUUACAAGGAAGCAGUAGGUGCUUUCAUAGUGUUCGAUGUUACGAGAAGCGCAACUUUGGAUGCUGUCGUCAAAUGGAAACAAGAUCUUGACUCCAAGGUACAACUUCCGGAUGGCUCGCCGAUACCCUGUGUACUUUUGGCAAAUAAAUGUGACCAGCAGAAGGAAGGUUUGGUUAAUUCCCCAAAUAAAAUGGACGAGUAUUGUAAAGAGAAGAAUUUCGUUGGUUGGUUUGAGACAUCGGCCAAGGAAAAUAUUAAUAUUGAAGAGGCGGCAAGAUUUCUUGUAAAUAAGAUACUUCAAAACGAUCAGAUUAUGAGAGGCAAUGAUUCGCAGGAUCAAAACGACGGUGAGAGAUUUGCGUUGAAUCAAUCACCCGUCAGUUCAAAGAAAUCUUGUUCCUGCUGACGAUUUGGAAACGUCUUCGUCUUCGUCUUCGUCUUCGUCUUCGUCUUCGUCUUCGUCGUCGUAGUUGUCGUCGUUGUCGUCGUUGAUCAUUGUCUACUUCGACUCUGCGCACUCCAUCUUAGAAGAAAAAAAAGAAAUAAACCAAAUCAACAAACUAAUCAAACGGAUAAAAACAAAAAAGAUAGAACCUCAUUGUUCAGUAUCGUUUUAUUAAGAAGUUAUUAUGAGUUUUAA